UCCAUUUCUCUCUCCUUCCACAACUGACCUGAAUCCAUGUCGACCCUGAAGGAGAUCCUAACCCGGCGACCAGUGGCCGCAACAAUCCGCCUGACUGUCCCAGCCGGCGCUGCCCGCCCUGCGCCGCCUGUGGGUCCUGCUCUGGGGCAGUACCGUUUAAACUUAAUGGCUUUUUGCAAGGACUUCAACGCGAGGACCCAGAAGUACAAACCGGAUACUCCAAUGGCCGUCACAAUCACGGCCUUCAAGGACAACACCUUCGAGUUCACCGUCAAGUCUCCCUCCGUCACCUGGUACCUCAAAAAGGCUGCCGGAAUCGAGUCGGGGAGUAGCCGCCCAAGUCACGUGACCGCCUCCUCCAUCACGAUCAAGCACGUGUACGAGAUUGCCAAGAUUAAGCAGUCUGAUCCGUAUUGUCAGUACAUGCCCUUGGAGUCCAUUUGUAAGUCAAUUAUGGGGACUGCUAAUACGAUGGGGAUUAAGGUUGUUAGGGAAUUAGAGUAAUUCAGUUCUUUGUUUUUCCCUUCUCAACCUACUCCAUAAAAAGUCGUUAUCUUUUUUGUUUGGAUUGAAUUUGAAUGAAUUUUCGACCACUGAGAUUUAGCUAUUCUGGUUUUUUUAAAGUUCAUCUGAGUGAAUUUAUGGUCCUUUUAGUUUGGCAAGACGUAUUUGUGUCUGUGUGUGUCGACAUCAUGCUUUAUUGGCACUUUAUAAGCUCUGCUUAUGCUUA